CAACAACAACACAAAAAAAGAAUUAAAAAAAAAAAAUUGGACCUCAAGGUCCAAUCCAAUUCUAUUUAAUUUUUUUUCUCUCUCUCACCCAAAAAUCUUAUCUCAUCGAAAUUUCCCAAUAACAUCAAAACCAAACCCCAAUACCAAAUGGUCCAAUUACGCUUCUCGGGUUCAAGCCCAAUUCUCUCUCUCUCUCUCUCCCCCCUCUCUUUCUCUCUCCUGUGAAACCCUAGAUCUCACGCAGUUGCAGAGGAGCUGAACGUCGUUGGUGCACAAAAAGAUCGAAUCUGCGUCUGGGUUUCUCUCAGAAUCGCCGAUUGUGCAAAUACUGAGAUCAGACCCAAUAGAGACCGAGGAAGCUGUGCUUCGAUUGCCUCCUGUUUCCUUCCUCAAAUCAAAAGCUCUAUCCAAGUGACAGUUUGAAUUAAUCUGGAAUUGGCUUUGCUGCCUGUAGCAAGACCUCACUUCUCAUCAUCAGAUGGAAACCACCCCUACUGAAAAUAACGCACUGGCCAACAUAGAAACACCGACCAACAUGGAAACACAUCCUAACAAGCGGAGGAAAAAGAAGUCCGUUGUUUGGGAACACUUCUAUAUUGAAACUAUCGGUGCUGGAUGUCGAAGGGCAUGUUGUAAGCAAUGUAAGCAAUCAUUUGCAUACAGUAACGGUUCAAAAGUAGCGGGUACAAGCCACCUCAAACGCCACAUUGCCAAGGGCUCGUGCCCAGUAGUCCUCCGAAACCAAGAGAAGAAUCACUUAACUCCGUACAGUGCACCGUCAAAGAUGGGCGGAAACAGGAAUGGUGUUGAUACUCCAAAACGAUGCUACCGAACUGCGGGCUCCACUUACUUUGGAUUUGAUUCAGACCGUUGCCGCCACGAGAUUGCUAGGAUGAUGAUCAUGCACGAUUACCCGCUUCACAUGGUUGAACAUCCAGGCUUUGUCACUUUUGUCCAAAACCUUCAGCCCCGGUUUGACAUGGUGAGUUUCAACACCGUCCAAGGGGAUUGUGUGGCGACUUUCCUGAGGGAAAAGCAAAGCCUUCAGAGGGUAAUUGAGGGAAUCCCCGGACGGAUCUGCCUUACACUUGACAUGUGGAAUUCAAAUCAAUACGUGGGCUACGUGUUUCUAACUGGACACUUCAUUGAUCAUGAUUGGAAGUUGCACCGGAAAAUUCUCAAUGUCGUGAUGGAACCAUAUCCCGAUUCAGAUUCUGCUUUGAGUCAUGCUGUCACUGCUUGCCUUUCUGAUUGGAAUAUGGAGGGUCGAUUAUUUUCUGUUACUAUCAAUCAACCGUUAAGUGAAGCCGGAAUUGAUAAUCUACGAGCUUUACUCGCCAUCAAGAACCCAUUAAUGCUCAAUGGCCAGUUGUUAGUUGGGAAUUGCCUUGCUCGUACUAUAAGCACCAUAGCCCAAGAAGUGUUAACGGCGGGGCAAGAAACUGUCAAAAAAAUCCGGGAUAGCGUGAAGUAUGUGAAGACAUUAGAAUCCCAUGAAGAAAAAUUUGUUGAGUUGAAGAAACAACUUCAAGUUCCGAGCACGAAGAGCCUUUCUCUGGAUGACCCAACUCGAUGGAACACAACGUAUGAAAUGUUGGUGGCUGCUUCGGAGUUGAAGGAAGUGUUUUCUUGCCUGGAUACCUCUGAUCCCGAUUACAAGGAAGCCCCAUCUAUGGAAGUCUGGAAACAGGUAGAGACUCUCUGCACUUACUUGAAACUCAUCUUUGACACAACCACCAUUUUAACCACUCCGGUCAUCCAAACAACAAACACGUUUUUCCAUGAGGCAUGGAAACUUCAAUUGGAGCUAGCACGUGCAGUCGUCAGCGAGGAUCCCGUAAUCGAAAUCCUGACAAAACCAAUGCAAGAGAAGUUUGAUAAAUAUUGGAAAGAUUGCUGCCUAGUUUUGGCUAUUGCAGUGGUUAUGGAUCCAAGGUUCAAGAUGAAGCUUGUUGAAUUUAGUUUCACAAAAAUCUACGGUGACAAUGCUGCCAUGUAUGUCAAAAUUGUUGAUGAGGGAAUCCACGAGCUCUUUCUUGAAUAUGUGGCACUUCCUCUACCUCUAACCCCGACUUAUAUGGAAGAAGCAAAUGGAGGAAACAUCAGGCACGAGGAGGCCCAUGGAGGCCCACAUUUUUCAAAUGAUGCGCUUGGACUCACGGAUUUUGAUAUGUACAUCAUGGAGACGACGAGCCAACAGUCGAGGUCAGAGUUGGAUCAGUAUCUGGAGGAGUCUUUGUUGCCACGUGUCCAUGAGUUUGAUGUUUUGGGAUGGUGGAAGAUAAACAAAACGAAGUACCCAACACUCUCGAAGAUGGCUCGAGAUAUUUUGACGAUUCCGGUAUGCACUCUUUCUCCGGACUCGAUAUUUGAUACGGUGCGGAAAGAGAUGGACAGCUACCGGUGUUCUUUACGACCGGAGACAUUAGAGGCCCUUAUAUGUGCUAAGGAUUGGCUCA